AUGUCUCACUCAGGGGGCUUCGGAAACCGAGAGAGCAAGUCCUCCGCCCUUUCCUGUGCGAUCUCAAUAAAAUCCGAACUUCGCUUUCGACAGGAGCCCCCCCCCCCCCGUCUCCCUCCUUUACUCCAUACAACGGCGGAAACGGAUAGACUUGCAACCCAUCUGCUGCCCGUGAUCCUGCUGUGGACGAAAGUCUGGCGCAAAGACGCCGAUCAGAUCCGAGCCAACGAAAUUUCCUGCAGGGGUUCGAGGAUCAAGUGCGAGUUCACGAGUAAUCGGUUAGCGAUGCCCGAAGCCUCGGCGGUCCUCUUCCACGCUCGCGAUGUCUACCUAUCGGACGUCCCGCUUUACAAGUACAAGACUCAAACGUGGAUUCUAUGGAAUCACGAAGCGCCUGGGAACACGCCUUUUGACGUCUACAGCGUAUUAGGCGAUGUCUUCGACAAGCAUCUCACCUACAGGAGCGUCUGGGACAUCUAUUCACCGUACGGAUACCUUAGCAAUCGGAGCGAUAGUGGCACGCUCGAAGAACUAGGCAGUAAAGCUCUACGAGAAAGGUUCUACAGACAAGCGGGAGCUGCCUGGCUCGUGAGCGACUGCAAGACUGAGAGCAAUAGGGAGGCUUAUGUCCGCGAAUUGCAGAGCUAUUUCCCUGUCUCCAUAUACGGAUAUUGUGGGACGCACAGCUGCCCGAGGACCUCGAGGGAUUAUUGCAUGACCAACAUUUCGGACAAAUUCAUGUUUUACCUCAGCUUCGAGAAUUCCCUAUGCCCGGAGUACGUGACGGAGAAACUGUUCCGCACGCUCGAGUAUCCCAUAAUUCCAGUUGUGCUCUCCGGGCCCCGCUCGGAUUUCCUGAAUUCUCUGAACGCGUUCGUCGACGCUUCGAAUUUGACACCGGAGCAAUUGGCUUCGAAGCUCCAAUUCAUCAGUCGCAACUUCACGGAAUACAGUAGGUAUUUCGCUUGGAAGCGAAACUACACAGCUCGGGCGGAGUACAGCCCCCUGUGUGAAGCCUGCGAUGCCGUUCGCAACGACUUCAAAUCUUCAAACAGACGGAAACCCGGAAGAAUUUCGGAAUUGCUCUCGGCAGAACAUAGCUCUUGCACUCGAUGGGACACUAAUCAGAAGAAAUUCGUCCCCAUCGAGUCCAACUGAAGCCAAGACUUCGAUCGGACCGUGUCCUGAGCGGCAAUCGAGCCCCCUCAUCCCGACGAGAGGAAUCGUAUCCCAUUCGCAUUUUUCAGCCGACCAAGGACUUCAUUGCUGAGGAAAAAUUGUUUCUAUUAUGGUGAUGCUGUCGGUCUGCGUUCCCUACCGAACAUUUUCUGUUGUUGGAGUAGAGAGUCGGUUGAACUGCCACGCUGCUUCUCGGCGAGACCGGCUAUGAACACUGUGAAGAUCUCAGGGAUGCUCGUCGAUAUUUGUACAUAGAUGAGGUGCCCAAAAUCGGAGACUGACUUUUCGAACGGUCGUGGGGUAAAUUUUUCGCCCGGGAACCGAAUUUACGUUCUCAAGGAGCUUUGUAUCCUCGCGCGGAACUUCCGAGGCCCGGAACCAGCUCAUUCCAAA